CAUAUUAUCCAGAUCAUCUCCAUCUCCUAUCUUACUCUUGGAUCAUCUACUCCAUCUCUAAUAUGUCGUCAAAUUCGGGGAAUUCAACCUCUCCUGUAAGACCUUGUGCGGUUCCUCCGACAUCAUCCCCCGCUUUCACUUCUACAAAGGAUCUUCUUAAGAAUAUCUGUAAAUCACACCUAUAUAAUCCCGAUACUUUAAAACAACGCCUCAAGGAAUUGAUUGACAAUGCCAAUGAAAACUGGACAUAUGCUAUUUUCUGGGAAUCGUCUAUAGUAGAUGACACAAAUUCGUUCACGUUAAAGUGGGGUUUUGGGUACUACCAGGAGGUGAUAGACAAGCCUAACAGGAUAUCAUGGACUACUUCUGUUGAAGUUAGUGAUAUAGGGUUGUUUACUUUCUAUUUGAUUCGGAAAUCACUCGAUAACAAUAAUGGAUUACCUGGUCAGGUGAUGUUAAGUAAUCAACCCGUUUGGCUUGCUGGACGGGAACAAUUGUCAGCGUCGCACUGCGAAUGGGCGCAGCAAGGUCAAGGUUUAGGGUUGCAGAUGAUGGUUUGUAUACCAUCUAGAGACGGAGUUGUUGAAUUGGGUUCAUCGGAGUUGAUUUUUCAGAGUUCAAAUCUUAAUAAUCAGGUUAGAGCUCUGUUUGAUUUCAAUAACAACCAACCAGAUUUAUUACCGUUUAUUCCGGAUCUGAGUGGUAGUGAAUCUAGUGAUUGUUCGGAAGUGACAUGGAAGACAACUGCAAUCUCAUCAUCUCAAGAAGUGGUUGACAAACAAUUUGAAACCUCAUUAUCUCGAGAAGUGGUUGAGGAACAAAUUGAAAAAACCAUGGAAGAAGUUGUGAAAUGCAAGACAAUUGAAACCUCAUUAUCUCGAGGAGUGGUUGAGGAACAAAUUGAAAAAACCAUGAAAGAAGUUGCGAAAUGCAAGACAACAGAAAUCUCGUUACCCCUAGAAGUCGUUGAGAAACAAUUUGGAAAAACCAUGAAAGAAGCUGCGAAAAACCUUCAUGUUUCUGUAUCUACCUUGAAACGCAAGUUGAGGAAACAUGGCAUCCGAGAGUGGCAAGGACCAAAUUCUGUGAAGAGAAAAGCAAAUGAUUCGUCCAUUAGUCAAAGCAACACAGCUAAAGAAAAUAAUGGAGCGAUUCAAGACCCGUCAAUCGUUAACAUAAACAACAAUCUCAUAACCAUAAAGGCAGAGUAUGCAAAUGAUAUGAUCAAUUUUUUUCUCCCAACUUCACAAGCAACCUUUUUGACUGUGCAGCAAGAAAUCAGUAAGAAGUUCAAGUUUAUUAUUGGGACGUAUAAUCUCAAGUACCUUGAUGAAAAUGGAGAUUGGAUAUGCUUAACAUCUGAUGAGGAAAUGAUUCAUUGCAUUGAAAGUUCAACUAAAUUAGAUAGAAUUGUAGUUCGACUACGUGUGGUACCAUCUCCAUAACCAAUACUUGGGCUUAAC